AUGGCCACGGAGGAGGCGGCGGCGGCGUUUGGCUUCCCGUCGGAGGUGCGGCCGGGGGCGACGCGGGUGGGGUGGAUCGGCAUCGGCGUCAUGGGCGGCGCCAUGGCCGGGCGCCUCCUCGCCGCCGGGUACGCGGUGACCGCCUACGCCCGCACUCCAGCCAAGGCUGGUUUCCUGGUCGCCGCCGGCGCAAGUCUGGCCGACUCGCCGGCCGCCGUGGCCGCGGCCUCCGACGUGGUCUUCACCAUGGUCGGCAACCCCGGCGACGUCCGCGCGGUCGUCCUGGACACCACCACGGGCGCCCUCGCGGGGCUCCGACCCGGCGGGGUCCUCGUAGACUGCACGAGCUCCUCCCCAUCCCUCGCGCGCGAGGUGGCCGCGGCGGCGCGCGCCGCCGGCUGCCACGCCGUCGACGCCCCCGUUUCCGGCGGCGACGUAGGCGCCCGCGACGGCACGCUCGCCAUCCUCGCCGGCGGGGACGAGGCCGUGGUGGCCUGGCUCGCACCGCUCUUCGCGCAUCUCGGCAGGCCCACCUACAUGGGCCCGCCCGGCAGCGGCCAGAGCAGCAAGAUCGCCAACCAGAUCGCGGUCGCCGGCGCGGUGGUCGGCCUCAGCGAGUCCCUGGCCUUCGCCGACGCCGCCGGGCUCGACGCGCGGCAGUUCCUCGGCGCGGUGUCCAAGGGCGCGGCGGGGUCGCGCGUCAUGGACCUCUUCGGCGAGCGCGUGCUGAGCCGUGACUUCGCGACUGGGGGCGCCGUGCGGUACAUCAUCAAGGACCUCGGCAUGGCGCUGGAGGUCGGGGACGGUCAGGAAGAGGUCAAUGUGCUGCCAGGGUCGGCGCUGUACCGGCAGAUGUUCUCGGCCAUGGUGGCGAACGGCGACGGCGACUUGUGCCUGCAGGGACUGAUCACCGUCGUUGAGCGCCUGAACGGCAUCCGCAAGUAAGGCAAGGAUGGUGUUCGUCACAACGCCGAACCAAGAUAUGAAAUUUUCGUUUUAGUGCUGUGUAUGUUUUCUGAAUAAUAUUCGAUGUUUCAUCUUCAUCAUGAAGUGUUUAAGCCACUCCUGGAACAAUGAAUGGAUUCAAUCUUGGUGAUGCAA